AGAAAUUUGCCAGUUUUUGUUUUUUAGAAGAAAUGUGGGCGCAGUUAGAGAAACUACAGUUCCUUGUUUUAUUUUUAUUCAUCAUUUUUAAAAAUGUUGAGAGUUGUACAUUCGAUUUGGAGAAAUUGGCUGUUGAAAAUUUUCGGAAUUACCUUCGAAUUCCUUCAGUUCAACCGAAUGUUAAUUACACAAAAUGCGUCAACUUUUUAAAAAGACAAGCAGAAUCUUUGGAUCUGCCGAUAAAAAUAGUUGAAACUGAUCCUGGAAAACCUCAUGUUAUAAUCACAUGGAAAGGAACAGAACCUGAAUUACCUUCAAUUUUACUGAGCGGUCAUAUGGACGUCGUUCCAGUAAAUCGUGAAAAAUGGAUUUACCCCCCAUUUUCGGCCCACAUGGAUGAAAAUGGCAACAUUUACGCCCGAGGUGCUCAAGAUAUGAAGAGUGUCAGUAUCCAGCACAUCGAAGCUGUGCGACGAUUAAAAUUAAAUGGAAUUCGAUUGAGGAGAACAGUUCACAUUCUUUUCGAGCCUGACGAAGAAAUUGGAGGCGUUGGUAUGCAGGCAUUUGUAAAGACUGGCGAGUUUAAAAAUUUAAACGUCGGCUUUGCAUUAGACGAGGGUGGAAUUAAUGAUGGCAGGGAAAUUAUUGUCAAUUAUGCAGAAAAAUCUCGAUAUCGAAUGUGGGUGCAUUGUCCAGGUGAAGCUGGCCACGGUUCCUCGCUUUUAAAUAACACCUCAGCUGAAAAAUUACGAGUCAUCAUUGAUCGAUUCAUGGAUUACAGGGCAUCCGAAAAGGACAAAUUGAAGGAUCCAAAAGUCAAAAACGGAAAUAUUACGUCCAUUAAUUUAACAAUGUUAAAAGGUGGACUGCAAGUUAACGUAGUUCCCGACGUAUUGUCUGCUGCUUUCGACAUAAGAAUUCCGCCUGAUAUGGAAGUGUUCAAAAAAUUUGACAAAAUGAUACACACUUGGUUUGAUGAAAUUGGGUGUAAGGUGGAAUAUAUUCAAAAAAAUAACAGUAUUCCUGUGAAGGGGACAAAAGUUGAUGAGAGUAAUAUUUAUUGGGUUGCUUUCAAGAAGGCCUGCGAUGAUUUUAAAGUCGAUUUGGAUGUUUCAAUCGCUGCCUGGGGUACAGAUGCAAAUUACCUACGAACUCUUGGAAUUCCUGCUUUGGGAUUUUCACCAAUCAACAACACACGUCCGUUGCUGCACGCUGAUAACGAAUAUUUAAAUAAGGACAUCUUUCUCAAGGGGAUUAAAAUAUUUAUGAAAAUUGUAACUGCUGUCGCAAACGCCUAGAAAUUAUACUAUUUUUAUUAUUUAUAAAAUAAUAGCUUUAACAUAAUUAUAAUAUAAAUAACA